CAUUCAUGAAUAGCCGGGUGUGUGCACGACAUGUGUCAUCAAGGCCCAUUCUGCUGCACAAUCUGGCUAUAAAGUUUCCGUUAUUCAUCAUCGAUCAUCACAAAUUUGAAGGAAGGUCUUGAAAAUUAUAAGGAAAGAUCCAUCACCAUGGCACUGGCAGCGGAUUUGAGUGUUGACGAGAGACUUGGUCUGAUCACAAGAAAUCUUCAGGAGGUUCUUGGAGAAGAGAAACUCAAGCAGAUGUUGGUGGAUGGAAAAGACGUCUCGAUCUACUGGGGCACGGCAACCACCGGCAAGCCUCAUGUAGCUUACUUCGUCCCCAUGAGCAAGAUUGCAGACUUCCUUAGAGCUGGGUGUAAGGUGACAAUCCUCUUUGCUGACCUUCAUGCCUAUCUAGAUAACCUAAAAGCCCCCUGGGAAUUGCUCAGCCUACGCACCCAAUACUACGAGCACAUCAUUAAGGCAAUGCUAGAGUCACUCAGCGUCCCGCUGGACAAACUUAAAUUUGUCCGAGGGACGGACUACCAGCUGAGCAGGGAAUACACCCUGGACGUGUACAGAAUGUCAUCAGUAGUCACACAGCAUGACGUGAGGAAGGCAGGUGCUGAGGUCGUUAAGCAAGUUGAUCAUCCUCUACUCAGCGGUCUACUCUACCCAGGACUACAAGCACUGGAUGAGGAAUACCUUAAGGUGGACUGCCAGUUUGGAGGCGUUGAUCAACGCAAGAUCUUUACUUUUGCAGAGAAGUGCCUGCCUGCCCUGGGGUACGCUAAGCGUAUUCAUCUUAUGAAUCCUAUGGUGCCAGGCCUGACUGGAACCAAAAUGAGCUCGUCAGAUGAGGAUUCCAAGAUUGACCUGUUGGACACGCCAGAGUCACUGAAGAAAAAACUGAAGAAGGCAUUCUGUGAACCUGGAAACAUCGCCGAGAACGGAGUGCUGUCGUUCGUCAAACAUGUCCUCAUGCCUCUAUCACAAGGAGGCUUUCUAAUUGAGAGGAAUGAGAAGUUUGGAGGCAAUAUUACCUACCCGGAUUUCGAGGCUCUAGAACAGGCGUUUGCCAAGGAGGAUGUUCACCCUGGUGACCUCAAGUCUGCCGUGGUGAGAGAAUUAAACCGAUUGAUGGAGCCGAUCAGGAAGACCUUCCAGAGUUCGGAGUUAAAGAAACUCACCAGCCAGGCUUACCCACCACCCCCAAAGAAAAAGCAGACAGGCAGCAAACAGCAGCAGGGUGAAGGAGCAAGCAGUGACGAGAUCAUUCCGUCAAGAUUAGACUUCAGGGUCGGCAAAGUCCUCUCGGCUGAAAUGCACCCAGAUGCAGAAUCCCUUUACUUGGAACAGAUUGACGUCGGAGAAGAGAGCCCUCGUACGGUGGUCAGCGGCUUGGCCGGACUCGUUCCUCUAGAGGCCAUGAAGGAUCGUAUGGUUGUCAUGUUAUGUAACCUCAAGCCACAGAAGAUGAGGGGGAUUGAAUCCAAAGCUAUGGUCAUGUGUGGCUCUCUGGAGGAUCCAAGGCAAGUUGAGCCACUCUGCCCUCCAGAGGGCAGUGUUCCUGGUCAGCGUGUGUUCAUUGAGGGGUACCAAGCGGGCAAACCCGACGAGGAACUCAAACCAAAGAAGAAAGUGUUUGAAAAGCUACAGGUGGAUUUCAGGACGACAUCAGACCAGGUUGCCAAGUGGAAAGACAGUCCUUUUAUGACCGAGCUCGGAAUUGUCACAUGUGCCCUACAAGACGCUACGAUACGCUAAAUUGAUUUCCUAACUCAUUCUUCUUAAAUAUCUUUAAAAAUCAUGUAAAUUACUUAAAUAUGCUAUGUCAGAUUUUUGGCCAAUUUGACCCAAAAAUUUUGAUUUAAAAUUCAAUAGGUAUUUUGAUGG